AUGUCGCCAUGGGUGACAUUUCGCGCUUUUCAACAUUGUCACCCCAAAGCCAGCCCUGGCGAGAAUUCGACCGGUAGCGUGGGUGGUAUGGAUAGCGCACAGCUCGGUAGUCAACAUCAGCAGUCGCACCAGCCACGUGCUCCCACGAAGCAGGCUGCCUGUACUUUGUGCCACAGCAAGAAGUUGAAGUGCAAUCGAAGUCCCGGCCAGACUCGCUGCGAAAGAUGCAUUCAGUACAGCGCCGAAUGUAUCGUCCCGAACCACCCUGUUGGGCGACAGAAAGGCGUCAAAAACAAGAGAAAAGGCGUCGACAAAGCAUUGCACCAAAUUGAAGAGGCAAUUAAAAAGUCCAGAAUUAGCCGCAAUGGCGACCCUGGAAGUGAUGUGUCCAAGGUUAUUUCCAACUUGCAGCAUCUUCUGGACAAAGCACAGCGGCAGACUGUUGAUCGCAGUUUCCUGAGCGAACAAACUCCGGUUGCGGACUAUGAAAAAGAGACCAUGGAUUAUUCGGAUUCUAGUCUAUCGCAGAGUAAUGCCAAUAACACGACUAGUUCGAAUCCCGAAGACAGUCUCGCGCUGGACGAUGCAGAGAACCCACUGCAAUUGCUCGCCCGCGCGUCGGAUCUCCAACUACUUCCGCCUUCAGGACAGAAUAAUGCGAGCUCACCGCUGCCCUUAUCAUCCUCGGGUGCGACAACGUACUCGAGCCAUUCAUCACGGGCGACAGACUCGUUCUUUGUUCCGAUCAAGGCGAGUCUCGACGUGGGUCCGGAUCUUGACCCAGUGGACCUUGGACUAGUGACCUUUGAAGAAGCGUCGAUGCUUUUUAAUUUUUUUCAUGAACAUUUAUCUCACACACGAUGGGGAUUUGACCCUGUCAUUCAUACGGCAGGAUUUGUUCGCGCACAGUCAGCGUUUUUGUUCACCUCGGUUCUCUCUGCAUCUGCGUUGUUUAUGUCAACUACAGCAGCGCUGUCCAAACGACUAUCAUCCCAUGUCAAACUCCUAGCACAAAACGUGAUCGCGCGGCGCCAUCGAUCUGUUGAAAUUGUGCUUGCUUUCAUGGCAAACGUGCCUUGGAUGGCGCCGGGGAAACGGCUUGGCGAUGACGAUACAUGCUUAUACAUUUCUAUGGCCUUGAAUAUUGCAUUGGACCUAUCUUUAAAUAAAUUCACGACAUUUUUCCACACAGAUGACGGAAAGAAGUUUGCGCGGGCUGAUUGUCUUGAUGCCCGACGUGCACUGCUCAUGGAUGGGUUUGAAGAUGUAGACUCGAAAUCAGAAUGGGGUCGAAGAUUAUUGCGGCGCAGAGAACGGGCGUGGAUUGCACUCUUUGUGGUUGAGAGAGGGGUUUGUCUUGCCCGUGGACGGAGUUACUCCGUGCCUAUCACGGCUCUUCUCGAGAAUUGCGAUCGGUGGCACAUGUUUGAUAGAGACAUUGCUGACAAGAGAGAUGGGCAAAUGAAUUCGAUGGCUGUUUUGCGCCGGGAUCUGGAUGAGCUUUUCAGAAAGGUCAGAUAUACGUGCGACAACUACCGCACUACGGACAACGGCUUGGAAGUAGCACAAUCGAUACAAUCUAUGAUUGAAAGCUUUUAUGAUGUCUGGUAUGCCACCUGGGCACGGUCAAUUGGGGAAGAAUCUCACUCUCUUCCUCCGUAUGUCGAAAUCCUGGUGACGCAUACUCGGCUGUCCACCUACAGCGGCGUAAUCAACCAUCCAACUGCCCCUAUUGAAGUCAAACAAUUCUUUCACGCCGAAGCUCUCUCAUCUGCUCUGAACGUGAUGCGAGCUGCCAUACAGGGCGAAUCGCGACUCAAGUCCAUGCCAAAUAACACCGUAAUCAUGAUUGCGUUUGCAGCCUGCUCGGCGUUGAGUCUUAGCUUGGCUGGCAGACCGGGCAAAAAGAAUAGAAAUAAUAACCGACUGGCACCCAGCGUUUUGAAUCUUAUCAAAGAGACGGCCGAUGUGCUAGAACGGAUCGGGGCGACACCGAGUCAUCGCAAUGGUGCGUCUGUGUUGUAUGGCCGGUUUAUGCGGGACCUCGUGGGUCGUGCAUAUAAUUAUUCUUCCGAAGAUCGCUAUCAGCACCCGAGACCCGCAUAUUCAUUUACUUCCCCAUUCUCUUCGGAGCACAUUAACAGCGGGAAUAGCAAUAUUAACAACAAAUAUAAUCCCGCUGAAUCUAUGGCGCCUACUACGGUGCCAUACGCCUCACAUCACCCUCACAUCACGUCUUCGACGCAACCAGCAGCGUUGGCAAUCCCCGACACACUUCAGUUCUCUUCCAUGUCGGGCGAUCAGAUUAUCGACGCACAAAAAAGAGAAAUGGCAACGCGUGUUGCUUCCAGAAAGGCCAUCGGCCCUGCCCUGUGGGCAUCCCGAUCGCAUCUGUUGACAGCAACACGGAUUACCGCUGCACUACCUCAGAAGAAGGCGCUUCUAUCACCAUCGAUCCAACGGAAAUACACCACCACCAGACCGCUAUGCUCACAACCGCUGGCACCAAAGAUCGUUCGCGGCGAGUCGAAAUUGUUUGCUUCUGCGGACGAAGCUGUUGCCGAUCUGAAGUCGGGCUCGACGGUUCUAUCAGCUGGGUUUGGGCUUUGCGGCGUCGCGGAAACGCUGAUCCAGGCGAUUUCUCGUCGAAGCGGGGACUUGCACUCCUUGACAGCGGUCUCUAAUAACGCAGGCGUCGCCAAUGUCGGUGGUCUGGCUUUACUGGCCGACGCGGGGCAGAUCUCACGAUUGAUCAUUUCGUUUCUGGGUAACAACAAAACGCUGGAGAAAAACUAUCUUGCCGGGAAAAUCGCUAUCGAGCUAUGCCCGCAGGGCACAAUUGCCGAGCGUGUUCGUGCUGGGGGUGCUGGGAUUCCGGCCUUUUAUACACCGACUGGAGUGUCGACUUUGUUGCAAGAGGGACAGAUUCCCGUGCGAUUGAGCGGGGAGAAAGACGGUGUGAUUGAAUACGGGAAACAACGGGAGGUUCGGGAGUUCAAGGGACGAAAGUUCCUCAUGGAAGAGGCCAUUACAGGAGAUGUUGCUAUCAUAAGGGCGUGGAAGGCCGAUGAGACUGGUAACUGUGUUUUCAGGUAUACAACAAAAGCCUUUGGCCCGAUUAUGGCAAAAGCAGCUACCUUGACGAUUGUUGAGGCUGAAGAGAUUGUUCCCGUGGGAUCGAUUGACCCGAACGACGUCGAUCUGCCAGGCAUUUUUGUCGACCGAAUCGUCCCAGCGACGGCCGAAAAGCACGUUGAGAUUAAGAAAUUACGAAAGCCGGAAAGCGCCAGCACUUCAAAAGCGGAGUCUCCCGAGGUGGUGUCUAGGAACAGGAUUGCCAAGCGUGCGGCCAAAGAGCUCAAGAAGGGAUACUAUGUCAACCUAGGCGUCGGCAUUCCCACCUUGGCGCCUUCCUACUUGCCCAAGGGACAUACAGUAUGGGUACAGAGUGAGAAUGGCAUUUUGGGCAUGGGAGAUUAUCCAACUGCAGACGAGGUUGACCCUGACAUUAUCAACGCCGGAAAAGAAACGGUCACACUCGUCCCCGGAGCCUCGACAUUUGACAGCUCCGAAUCGUUUGGGAUGAUCCGUGGCGGCCACGUCGAUGUGUCUAUUUUGGGAGCCCUUCAAGUCGCUGCCAAUGGCGACCUCGCCAACUACAUGAUCCCCGGAAAGGUCUUCAAAGGCAUGGGCGGUGCAAUGGAUCUUGUCUCGAAUCCGAGCAACACGAAAAUCGUGGUCGCGACGAGCCACGUCGCUAAAGAUGGCACGUCCAAGGUUGUACAAACGUGCAGCCUGCCGCUGACGGGGGCAAACUGCGUCAGUACUAUCAUCACAGACCUGUGUGUGUUUGAGGUCGACCGCGUGCACGGCGAGCUGACGCUGACGGAGCUGGCGCCGGGCGUGGAGGUGGCAGAGAUCCGGGCGAAGACGGACGCGGACUUUCACAUUGCGGAGGAUUUGAAGGCGAUGGAGUAG